CUUCCAAUGGCAACCAUCGGCACCCAGGACCUCAAACAAAGAAUUGGGCGCUUUCGAGUUCUGAUCAUAGGGAGAGCAAACGCAGGCAAAACGACCAUCCUUCAGAAGGUCUGCAACACCACGGAUCAACCAGAAAUUUACGAUACCAAAGGAAACAAGGUGCGGGUGAUGAUCCAUGCCAUAUACGCGUCCAUCGCUGAUCAAUUGCGGCGCGGAAAUCACGUCAUCACGAAUGAGAUGAUAUUCAAGAGCAAUCCCGUUUUUGUAUUUCACGACUCCUGCGGUUUCGAGGCGGGUUCUGAAGACGAAUUCGAGGACAUGAAGAAAUUCAUCUCAGAACGCGCACAUGCGACGAAAUUGGAGGAACGAAUCCAUGCCAUAUGGUAUUGUAUUCCAAUGGACGACCCGUGUCGAACAUUCCAGCGGUCAGAAGAGAAGUUCUUCUUGGAGUGCGAUACUGGGCGCGUUCCUGUGGUCACGAUAUUCACAAAGUUCGAAGCUUUG